AUGGCGGCGGUGAGGGAAACUAUAGCCGUGGUGGACAAGUCGGGGAAGAUGGUUACGACUAGCAAACAUCUUUUCAGCGUCUUUAAGGAAGCUCGCAACGCAUAUCGCGAACGCAAGGCCGAGAUCCAAGCCUCUAAACAGGCCGAAAAGCAAGCUCAGAUUGCCGAACAAGAAGCCCGUCGAGCCCUCGCCAAGUUCACCAUCGAUGACCAACCGUCAGUCGUUUCGUCUAGAAGGUCCGGAAGGUCCAGGCGCCAUAAUGGGGAUCGGCCACGGGGCCUACAUUACGAACAAGAUCUGACAAAUGCCCCCAGUCCUCACCGGGCCAGAUCUCUUCGCGAGGUUGGACGACGGCACACAUCUCAUGAGCUGGCUGUUAGACAGCCAGUCCCCGUGGCCACACGCUCUCGGUCUGCCGCCAAUGUUGAUAUGGACCUUGCCUACGGGGAAGCUCAUCCGUCAGCUUUGGAACGGUAUAAGCCUGCUGACGAGGCCGAGCUCAACGGUCUUGUCGCCAAGGCCAAGUUUUUGCUCGAGCAGGCCGACUGCGCCCAACAUACAGCUACGGCCACCAUGACUCACCUACAGAAGAACCCAGAUGCAAUGGCGGCAGUCGCUCUCACGCUGGCUGAGAUUAGCAAUGUUGCCUCCAAAAUGGCACCGGGAAUUUUGGCAAGCAUGAAAGCCAGCGCCCCCGCCGUGUUUGCUCUGUUGUCGAGUCCGCAAUUCCUCAUCGCAGCCGGUGUCGGCGUCGGUGUCACAAUUGUCAUGUUUGGAGGUUACAAAAUCAUCAAGAAGCUCACCGCGGCACCUACGGUUGAGCCCGGUGUUCUUCCGAAGGAGCCGUCAACCAGCGCAGAUGAGCUGCUAGAACUACAAAGUAACCAUGUAAGCAGCGUGGAAGUGUGGCGCCGUGGAGUCGCCGACUGGGAAGCAGACAGCGUCGGGUCGACGGUUGAUGGAGAGUUCAUUACUCCCACGGCGGCGAUGAUGUCUGGCCUGGACCUGUCAAAUCCAGACUUUAUUCGGCCCCGGGGUGUCGACGUUGACGAAAAGUCAACUGCAUCUUCUCGGCGGUCGAAACAGUCGGGACGCUCGCGGCAAACCCGACGGACACGACAUGCUGGCUCAAGUCGCCAGUCAACCAUCGUCGAAGCCAAGAAAGACACCCAGAAACCUAAACGGUCCAGUCGUUUACGAAUGAUGUUUACUGCUUGA